GAACCAACGCCAAAAAAGGUAGAAAAACAAAUACAAAACCAAAGAGGAAAGGAAAUAGAAAAAAGCAACAAAAUAAUAUGGCUGAUUCACUUCCAAGGUCUAUAGUGUUGGGUAAGCAGUCCAGGGCUACCGGACCGAUUUACUACUUGGAGUAUGUAAUGGAGAAAGGACAAUUUCACAGGAAGUUGCGCAUGACAAGUCCAGUGGUAGCGAGCGCCAAGAAUUUUACCAAGUUGGAAGUGGUGAGACCACAAGCAAGUGGCGCACGGGACUUGGUGCACAUAAGAAGCAGCUACAACAAUAAGUAUCUGGUGCUCGAGUCUGACAGUAGUCAAUGGCUUAUUGCCGGAGCCGAUGAGCCCGAGGAGGACCGUUCCAAAUGGUCUUGCACUUUGUUCAGGCCUAUUGUGGCAGCCAAUGGUUCCGUAAGCCUCUUGCUCAUGGCUGGAGGUGCCCAGCACAGUGUGGAAGGCUCACUACUAGGAGAUGCAGUUCUCCGUAUAGUAAGAAAUUCAACAACACAAUACCCGUUUAAUGUCACAAACAUGGACACCCUGGCCAUUUUACCAAGGUAUGUAGCAUUCAAAGGAGACAACAACAGGUACUUGAGCUCACGCUACAUUCGGACCCGUAAUAGGCUACAAUUUGCAUCGACCGACCUACUAGAUGCAUCGGUGCACCAUGAGACUUACAUGGUCCCCAACGGCAACAUCCGUCUUCGAUCUUUGCACUUCAACAGAUUUUGGAGGAAGUCCAACCCGGAAUGGAUCUGGUGCGACACCGAUGACACAACAGCCAAUAAUUUGGAAACUGUGUACCGCCCACUAAAGCUAAGUACACAAGGCAGUACCAUUGCUCUCUUGAACAUGGCCAACAACAAGUAUUGUAUGAGGUGGAUUCGAGGCGGGCAACCUCGCCUAAUUGAUACCCUUACUGCAUCAGCCAAUGGCGUAGAGCCACUGGCAGUGAUGGAGGUAGAGGAGGCAGUCCGCGAGAGGGAGAUCUAUGAUAUUAGGUACAAUUUGGAUGAUGCUCGCAUCUAUAAUGUAGAACCUUGGACCGAUGGUAAUUUGGUGCGUGACACCUACAAUACUACCGCACAAACCGUUAUAAAGAGGGUUGGGUUCACCUACAAUAGGGUGACUCGAGAGACCUUUUCUUCAUCUCAUUCGUGGAAGAUUGCGUACCAGACUCGUAUAAGAGUGACCAUUAUCCCUAAGUUCGUGCGUGGGGAUGUGCAAUUAGAUGCAUCAUACGAGGGGUCGGUGGAAUGGUCCGAAAUGAAUGAGGAGUCUGUAACACACACCACCGAAUUAGAAAUCCCUGUACCACCCAUGACUAAGUCUGUGGUGACUUUAAUCCUCCAAAGGGGCACCAUUGACGUCCCCUUCUCAUACACACAACGCGACAUUCUUCCUAACGGUGAACGUGUAACUUACUACUUGGAUGAUGGCGUUUUCACCGGUCUCAACACCGAGCAACUCACCCAUAUUAUUAAAGAAGAAAGCCUCUCUAACUUGUCGCAGUCGGAGUUAGAAGAGGCAAUAAGGGCAUCAGAGGCACAAGAUGCUGCAGCGACCCUGUCGUCCAAGCUUUGACUCCCUCACUCCAGCCUACAAUUAUUGGAAGUAUUUGCUUAGCUACUGCCAGCUUCACUACUCAGCUGCCAAAUCGUCAAUAAGAGCUUUAAUUAGCUACAGUUAGUUGCCUUAAUUUCUGGAUGAAAUAAGAAAUGUUUAAUGCGUAUCACUUGUAAUAAGUGGGUUUAUUCCUACUAUAACUACGCAAACUGUAAUAAUAUUCGUAAUAAUAAUUCUUCAAACAUUCUGUUUA